GAUGGCACCCAGAUCGUCGACGCGGGGGAGGAUGGCACCAAGAUCGUCGACGCGGCCCUCGAGGAUGGCACCCAGAUCGUCGACGCGGCCCUCGAGGAUGACACCCAGGUCGACGCCGACGCGGCCCUCGAGGAUGACGCCCAGAUCGACGCGGCCAUCGAGGAUGACACCCAGCAGAUCGACGCGGCGCUCGAGGAUGACACGCAGCAGAUCGACGCGGCGCUCGAGGAUGACACCCAGCAGAUCGACGCGGACAUCGAGGAUGACACCCAGAUCUCGAAUACGAACGCCCAGGCCGACAGCGCAUGGAUGGCCCCGUGCACAGCGUCGAGUCCGAAUGGCCGCAUCCCGUUCUUGAGGACGAUCAAGGGCAUCACGAUGCGCAAGCGGCCCAAAAAGGAGAAGAAGAAAAAGAAGUCCACGAAGAAGAAGAAGCUGGUGAAGGUCGAGGAUGCCGAGACGCAGGAUCAUGAUGAACUGGUGGCGAUCCCUGUGGGCCUGGGGAAGAAGGAUAAGAAGGAGGUGCCCGUCGCCAAGAAGAAGGAGGUGCCCGACGCCAAGAAGAAGGAGGUGCCCGUCGCUAAGAAGGAGGUGCCCGACGCCAAGAAGGAGGUGCCCGACGCCAAGAAGGAGGUGCCCGUCGCCAAGGAGGCGCCCGUCGCCAAGAAGGAGGUGCCCGUCGCCAAGAAGGAGGUGCCAGUCGCCAAGAAGGAGGUGCCCGUCGCCAAGAAGGAGGUGCCCGUCGCCAAGAAGGUGCCCGUCGCCAAGAAAGUGCCCGUCGCCAAGAAGGUGCCCGUCGCCAAGCAGCAGGUCACCAAGAGGCCAGCCGCCAAGAGGCCGGCGGCCGCCUCGCCCGCCAAGAAGGCCAAGGAGGAGGACGACGGCGCAGACUGCGCAGAGGAGGGUGCUGGCCCAGAGGGCGCAGAGGACGCAGAGGAGGGCGAGGAGGAGGCCGCUGAGGAGGUGGUCACGCAGAUCGAGGAUGAGGAUCCCACGCACGCGUGCUUCCAGACGGACGGCGGCGAGAUGGCCAGGAUCAAGUACCUGCGCCGCGACAGCGAGGGCUACAGCACGCUGGCGUACCAGCGUUCGUCCGACGCUCCGAAGUGGCUGCAGCUCGUGCAGGUUGGCGACAGGACCUUCUCGGAGGUUCUGGUGACGAAGACCGACCGCCGCGAGCUCAGCGACAAGCUCAUCAGGAGCAUCUUCAAUCAGAUCGUCAAGGAGAGGACGAUCGACAAAGACAAGAUCAAGGCGAUCAAGUGCCAGAUCUUCGCCGACAUGAAGUC